UAAAACCAGCAUUUCACAGAACGACGAAUCGCCAAUCUCAGUCUCUGUCUGAACUCCGACGACGACGCCUCCCGCCCUCCCCUGCGAAUCUGCGACGAAGCUGCUUCCCUCCCUCUCCUGCGAAUCUGCAAAUCUGGGUAUGUCUUGGUCAUUGAAAUCUAUGGAGUAGGGAGUAGGGACUGAGUGACAGACGAGGCCUUGACAUGGCCGUGUGAGUGAACUCAGUGCAUUGGCCGUGUGAAAACCCUAACACCAUGAGAAGAGCUCUUGUUCUCUGCACUCGCAAUCUCUCUCGCAACAUUGAAUGCCCUAAUCAGAUCAGCUUUAGGAGGAAUAGUAUACUCAAUACUCCACUUUACAAUCCUCUCACUUCUAAGUUUAGGUUUUUCUCAUCAUCUGAAAAUGAAGGUUCAUCCAUCCCUAACAAGCUUGAACCUGCCAGCCAGCCAGAGGAAACCAGCUUAACUCAACUUAAGAACAGUCAGCUUCCGGUCGAGGUUGAAGAUGUCAACAACAAAGAGCUAAAAGGGUUGCUACUGGACUACUUUGAUGGUGAUAAGAAGGAUGUUCUUCCCAAUAUCAUUGAAGCAAUUAUGAAGAGAAGAUUAAGCGGAAAGCAUGAUGACACAGAUGAUGAGUUAUUGGAGGACUUCCGGAUGAACCGAAUGGAGCCUUUGGAUACUGUCGAUGAUGAAGAAUUUGAGGAAGGUUUUGAGGAUGCUCACUCAACUGAUGAAGAGAUUGAUAAUUUGUAUGAUGCAACAGAAAUUGUGAAGAAGAGAAUGGCACAUGAUGAGUAUUUCAACAUGGAUGACAAAAAGUGGGAUGAUAUGAUUAGUGAGGCUAUUGCUCAUGGGCAUCUCAAGGAUACCAAAGAGUGUGAAGAAAUCUUAGAGGACAUGCUUCAGUGGGAUAAGCUUCUACCUGAUGAGAUUAAGGAGAAGGUGGCUAAAAGACUUGAUGAGAUAUCUGACAUGGUUGAAAAAGGUGAGCUUGAAGCUGAAGAAGGUUAUGCAUUGUUCAAGGAAUUUGAGGAUCAAAUGGUUCUGGAAUGUGGUAAACUCAUGGAGAAGGAGCCUUUGGAAUUUGAUGAGUCUAUCAUUCCUGAUAAGAAAAAGGAUGUGGAUGACCCACCUGGUGAGGGGCCAAUCCUUAGGUGGCAAACUAGGGUAGUUUUUGCUCCAGGUGGUGAUGCAUGGCACCCAAAAAAUAGGAAGGUGAAAUUGGCUGUUACAGUCAAAGAACUUGGCCUAUCUAAACAUCAAUUUCGCCGUUUGAGAGAAUUGGUUGGAAAACGUUACCAUCCUGGGAGAGAUGAACUUACCAUCACAAGUGAAAGGUUUGAGGAUCGUGAGGAGAAUAGAAAGGAUUGCCUUAGGACUCUAUUAUCUUUGAUUGAGGAGGCUGGAAAAGCAAAUAAAAUUGUGGAAGAUGCUCGCACCGCGUAUGCCAAGCAGAGACUUAAAGCAAAUCCAAAAUUCAUGGCAAGGUUACAUGCAAAGACUGCUAAGAUGAGAGAAUCUACUACCCCCUUGCCUCCAUGAUACGACUAUAGAUGAUGUACCCUGGAAAUAUCUAAAAACUCAAGCUGAAAAUACGACACCAAGUAAUGCAUCUUCCGGGUUUGAAUUUGAGAAUGAUUCGGUUUUUGUUUAUCAAGGGAACUCUGGUGUUCACCCUGGAAAUUCCAAGACUGAUUACUUGGCAUGGAUUAAAGUGGAGAAAAAAUAAAAAUAAUUAGUGUAGCAGGAAAACAUUGCUAUUUUGCUUUACUUUGUUUUUUGCUCUGUAGUUUUGGCAAUUGUUGUAGUCUUGUCUGGUUAGUUAAUGAAAUGCUGAGAUGCGAUGCUGAAUACUGUCAGCAAUCAAGUAUAUUACCAUUGACAUCUUAUAGGUGGUUUUUAUUUUCAAUUAUUAGGGUGUGUUUGGUUCAUGGGGUUAGACACAAGAUUGAGAAUGAAAAUUAUCCACAUUAUUUGAUUCACAACUUUUUAAAACACAUGUAUAAGAUUUGAUUACCCCUAUAAUUACAAAA